AUCCUAAGUGGGGACGAGUGGAGAACCAAUAGCCGGUCCUAUCUCUAGCUGAAUAGGUUAUAAAUGUCUCGAGUUACUGCCACGACAGUUACUAAUAGCCUGGAAGUCGCUGAGGGUAGAAAGAAUUUCUCGUUUCAGCUGCGUGGUGUUGCAGUUUUAUAAUUUUGGGACAGUCUUAAUCCGAGGCUUGCCAAAACUUAAAUCUAAAUCGAUUUUUUGUGUUGCGAUAACAGCGUCCUAGAUCCAAAACAAUCUCCUUCUGUCCCCGAACAUCCAAAGCUUAAUCUCGUAACCGAAGUGCGUCAUGAUGCAGACGACAAUCGAGGUGUCUGAGGACGAGCUGGAGACCUCGCCCGCGUUGCAACGGCUGUGGUCCAGACGAAUGACCAUAACGGCGCCACUACCUGAUGACACUGACCUUGGGGCGCUUGACGAUGUGUUCCAACUGGCGCAGAAUGUGGAUGACAUUCCAACCAAGCGUGGACAAUGUCCUUCUAACUUACAAGUCCAGCACGACUUCUGGGACAGCGAACACAGCGACAAUGAAUGUCAGGAAGACGCAGAGAAGGCCCGAGCUCCGGUGUACCUCGACGCUGCAAAGCUGGGAGACUUUCCUGCUCGCUACGUGAUAUCCGCCCUCAAGUCUUACGAGUUCCCAGCAAUAGGAGUGUACGUGGACCCAAGAAUUGUACCGGGGUUUAGAUACAAAGUCAGACCCAUUCAAAAGUAG